UCUGCAGACCAGCUCCAGCUCGCCGUCCCAAAACUAAACAUGGAGAAAAUGCCCGCGCGCUUUGUGCGCUCGCUCGCGGUGUGCGCGCUGCUGGUCGCAGUGACGCAGUGCUGCCCUCAGCCCUGCACGUGCGUGCAUAAAGCGGCGCAAAACCUGGCAAACUGCGCGUACAAAGAGCUUCUGCAGGUGCCCGCGGAUCUGCCCCCCAGCAUCACCACCCUGAGCCUCUCCGCCAACAAAAUCAGUCUGCUCAAAAGUAAGAGCUUCGUGAACGUGACGCAGGUCAACUCCCUGUGGCUCGCCCAUAAUGAGAUAGUGACCAUCGAGAGGGACACGCUGGCCCCUCUGGUCCAGCUCAGAAACCUGGACAUCAGCUACAACAAAAUCAUCAACUUUCCCUGGGAGGACCUGCAGAACCUGACGGCGCUGCAGCUGCUCAAGAUGAACAAUAAUGAGAUGGUGAGUCUCCCCAAAGACGCCUUCUCCACUCUGGCCGACCUCAGGUCCCUGCGCAUCAACAACAACAAGUUCACCACCAUCGUCCAGGGCACCUUCAGCACGCUGUCCUCCCUGUCCCACCUGCAGAUCUUCAACAACCCUUUCUCCUGCUCCUGCGCCCUGGAGUGGCUCAGGGACUGGAUCACCACCACAAAGAUCUCAGUGCCGGAGCCUAAUAAUAUCGUGUGUGAGAGUCCCGCACACCUGAAGGGCACUAUGGUCACGAACAUGCCUCAACUCAGCUGCAAAGCCCCCAUCAUCACCAUCACGUACCAGCCCGACCUGGAGAGCACCGAGCUCAGUGAGGAGGGGCCUGUGUGAAAAGGCUCCUGGGGACCUGAGCUGUGGUUCUCUGGAGAAGAGCAGGAGGUUGAGGCGUGGUCCGUCAAACACUUUUCUCCAUGGAGAUGUUAUUGCUUUGUCUGGAAUGUUUCACAGUGUGGCUUUAAACCUUUGUAUCUUCAUGGAGACCAGACCAGAGUUACAGGUCAGAUCUGUGGAGAGGCGACCCCGCUCACAUCAAAAUGUUUGUUUUUCAAGGUAUUUUUGAGCCAUAAAACCACCUGUAAUUGAAUAAAUGUCAAGUAGAGCUGUUUAAUGUCACACUGUGGAACAUUCCAGCAGUGACAUCUCCAUAGAAACAAGCAGGUGACAGACCCUCCACCAGAAAACCUACACAAUACAAAGUAUAAGUCAAAGUAUUAAAGUACUUGUUUAAAAAUGUACUUGA